AUGGAUAACGUGUUGAAGAAAACUUUACAAAAUUGUGGAAAAAUAUUUAGAAUUUGUGGAGUGUCCUGCAGUCAUUUAGAGGUGAGUGUUGCUACCACAUUUGCGGCAGUAAAGUCAUCGCCAUCAUCACCACCGUCGUCGUUGUCAUCUUCCUUAUCGAGUGGUGACAUUUUUUGGAACAAAGGUAAAAUAUUCGCCGAAGACUCAGACAACAUCAGCUUUUCGUGCUCAGUUAAGAAAUACGACGCAUUCGACAUAGUGCAGAUCAAAAGGAGGUGCACUCUCGAUAAAGAAAGCUUUGAAGAAAUCCUCACAAUAAAUGAUAACUAUGAGAAAGAACUGUUGGGUAGAAGGUACAAAAUAAAUUACCUGGAGCUCGUUGGAAGGGCACUCAUUAACCUAAACAUCACCAAUGUGACUGGAUUCGACGGAUGUACGUUUCAAUGCUCGAACGAGCAAUACGAUCUGUACGCCAGUACAAAACUCGUUGUUAAGGGAAUAACGAAAGUGCAGAGUGUGGUGCACCUCAAAAACGGGACCACCAUCAUUAACGACAAGAGCGAACGACAAACAUUGAAUCUAUUUCCGGAGGAAGUGCACCUGAUUGGUUGUCAGCUUCUGACCAAUCAGCCCGAGAAGGCACACAUGGAGGCUUUCUUGGAGAAAAAAAAACUUUCGUUAAAAUUGUUCAACACGACGUACGAGAAAGAGAAACUAAAAAAUGAUGUGAACUAUUGGGUGAAGAAGGAGUUCUUCAAGGUAGAAGGUCUGCCAAGCAUCAACGUCUCCCACAAUAAUGAUGUCCUCACAUUUGGACCAGCUCUGAAAAGAUGUACCACAUCCAAACUGAAAAACCAAACUGACGGUCGAAUGAUCGUCUGUGAGGUCAGUUCAAAUCCACUCCCGAAAUUAAAAAUCGAAAAAGAUGGCGCUUCCGUCAACGGAUCGGAGUACAACGUCACUGAACAAAUGACGCCAGAUGACGCCGUAAAAUUUGUAAUAACCCAACCCCUGAUCAACAUAUCCAGCUUAUAUGAGUUCAGGUUUGAAAAUUAUUUGGGAGUCGUCUCAAAAAGAAUUCAAUUCCGCGAGUCCGACGCUGAUUACGACGAGCCGCAGUCAAGAGUUUUCACUCUUAGUAACCGUUUCAAGUUUACUGGUCAUGAAAAUUUUAUCUUGAGAUUGCAGGAUUGUUCAUAUUUGAUUGUUGAAUUUGAUGUGACGCACAAACGUUAG